UAGAGCCAGAGGGGGUGAGGAACUGCGGACUGAGUGACUAGAGACUAGUGAGUGUGGCACCCAGCAAAAUGGAGACUCAGAAGGCUCUCAGGUUUGUGGGUGUAGGAGGGACUUCAGCUGGGUCUGCAAGCAAGGCAAUCUGCAAGUGUGGAGAAGGGUAUGAAUGUGAAAUUUCCACCGUCGAUGCAGGCAAGGCUUAUUACAAAUGUGGUGAUAACUGCACCUGUUGCUGUAUCCUAGAGGGGACUCCGGAAGAGAAAGCAAAGCAGCUAGAGGAGUGCAGUGGAGGCCAGGUGUACUGCAAGUGCGACGAAGGGUAUACUUGUGUUAUCACCAAGACUGCAGCUCCUGAUGCUGUCAAGACUGUCUUUGAAUGUGGUCAAGGUUGUGUCUGCACAGCCUAGCCCUAAUCAAACCUUCCAAAAUUGGUUCUUCUCAAGUCAUGUAAUAAAUAAUAAUAAUAGUGUGCUUGUGUGUUUGUGUAAUUAGACCUUGCAUCCAUUUCUUAGAUGCUCUGUCUAAUGAUGGAAGGAUUGGUUAACGCAUGAUGUAAUUAAUCCUUAAUGAUGGA